ACAGUGACUGAACCAGCUAACCAAACAGACCGCACUCUGCUCGCUCGGCGUUGUCUGAUCUCUCCUCGCGCCCGUCCUCCGCUGCCCGACUCCGGCGUCCUCCCCACCGACCCAUCCACAGCUCAAGCCAACAUUCACCCGUAUCCCGCGCGCGCUUGAUUCGCCGCAUCUGAGCGUCACGGCCGCGACUGCGCGCCCUGCGUCGCCUCCCGCCGCCGCCGCACGGCCGCGACGGAUGCUCGGCCACCGCUUCCCCGCCGCGCUCGGCCUCCCGCGCGGUCUGCUGCUGGGGAGGAGCGUCACCCGCCGCAGUCUGUCCGCCAUGGCCGGUGGCGAGGCGGAGGGCCCGCUCGGGGGUUUCUUCGAUUACAUGGAGCGGCUGCGCAACUACGAGCGCUCGGGCGUGCCGCGCGGCGCCGGCACCGACUCCGACGACGGAUUCGACCUCGGGCGCAUGCGCCGACUCCUUCGUCGGCUCGGCGAUCCCCACACCGACUUCCCGGCUGUGCAUAUCGCCGGCACCAAGGGGAAAGGUUCUACUGCUGCAUUGCUGUCCAAUAUCAUGAGGGCGCAAGGCUACAAUGUGGGAAGUUAUUCUAGUCCACAUCUUCUAACAAUACGUGAACGGAUUUCUGUUGGAAAUGAUGGAGGCCCUGUUCCAGUACGACUGUUGAGUGAUCUUUUUGAUGGGGCUAAGGAAGCUAUUGAUGAAGCAAUAGAAUUGGAAAAUGGAUCCCUAACGCAUUUUGAGGUUUUUACUGCUCUCUCAUUUCUUCUAUUCUCACAAGAAAAUGUUGACAUUGCCAUCAUUGAAGCAGGUCUUGGUGGAGCUAGGGAUGCAACAAAUGUUAUUCGGAGUACUGAAUUAGCAGCAUCCGUCAUAACAACAGUAGGGAGGGAACAUCUGGUUGCAUUGGGUGGCUCCCUGCAAAGCAUAGCAAUAGCAAAGUCUGGAAUCAUUAAACAAGGACAACCAGUUGUGAUUGGUGGACCAUUUUCAGCAGUUAUUGAGCAAAUUAUUCGUGACAGGGCAUUCUUGACACAAUCUCCUGUGAUAUCUGCUUGUGAUCCUGGCAUCAAGAGCUUUACGAAAUGCAUAGAUUGGGAUAAUGGUAAGCCGUAUCAACGCUGUUACUUCAGCAUAAAUAUUUCAAAUGAUGUACCCUUGUCCAUUGAAAUGCAUGACAUAAACCUCCAACUGCUGGGAGAUCAUCAGCGUCAGAAUGCUGUCACAGCUGCUUGCACGGCUCUCUGUCUCCGUAGUCUAGGAUGGGAAAUCUCUGAUGCUUCUAUCCAAGCUGGCUUGAGGGAGACCCAACUUCCUGGGAGGAGCCAGUUUCUCACAGCAGAGGAAGCCUCGGUUCUUGGGCUGGAUGGUGCAUCUACUGUACUAAUCGAUGGAGCCCAUACUGAGGAAUCUGCAAAGGCCUUAUCAGGCGUGAUAGAAGCUGUCAGACCAGAAGGGCCUCUAGCGCUUGUUGUCGGAAUGGCUAGUGACAAGGAGCAUCUUGCGUUUGCUGAGCAGCUUCUCUCAGGUCAAACCCCAGAUGUCGUGCUACUGACAGAGGCGAGCAUCGCCGGAGGAAGCUCCCGUGCAAUGCCAGCCUCAUCCCUGAAAGAAGUAUGGAUUGCCGCGGCACGCCAUCGUGGCAUCGAGUACGUGGACAUCGGUGGCAUCAGUGGCACUGAAACCCUGGAGCACAUCGCCGAUCUGUUGGGCAGUCCUUCGCUGAGUUCCAGAAGGAAGCCCAUGGUGAUCGGGUGCCAAGACAUGGGGCCGUUCUCCUGGAACCUGAUCAUUGCUGCCUCCCAGCUCCUUGAGAGCAGAGGCAGGGCCCCAGGCCUCAUCUGCGUGACCGGCUCCCUGCAUCUCGUCGGGGCCAUACUGCAAAAGCUGGGACGGCAUUAGAGGCGCCAACCAUCUCAUCUUUCAUAGUACCAUAUACUAGACUGGAAGAGAGUGGAAGCUACACUGGACUCGUAGUGGUGUACCGGCGAGAUGGAUCAUUCGUGUGGUGUACAUUGCGGGACUGUUUGGAUGGAAUCUACCAAAAUGCCUGGGCCAGGCAUCCAUCCCAGGCGCCCGAUUUUGAACAUUUGGGCCAGGACCCAGGAUGCAUUUGACUGAGGCAGGGCUCCCAUCCAAACGGACGGCAGGCAAGCAAGGCAUCUGUGCUGAUGGGAUAUUGGGAUCACGUCCUGCGUUGCUGCCAACUUGUUCGUGGCUCUUUCUAAGCUGACAAUAAUAGAUUGUAAAUAGGCUGAUUAUCUGUACUCCUACAAAACACACCAGUUUUUCUGGUUUAUACCUUCGUGAGGUAUAUUCCUCUACCCCUCU